CAACCAGCAAGCCUGCAGCCCGCUGGGCGGAGACUAGAGAGCGGCGCGUGGGUAGGAAGCGGCCGCGGCGGCUGUGGAGGUAGGAAAAUGGCGGUGGCCGCCGCGCAGCUCACUGACGAGGAGCUCUUCUCCGAGCUGAGGCGACUCGGUUUCUCCCCGGGGCCUGUCACCGAAAGCACCCGGCCGGUCUACCUGAAAAAGCUCAAGAAGCUGCGCGAGGAAGAACGGGCAGGCGGGGCUGCCGCCAGCAAGACCCGGAACAGUAACAACAAUAACCCGGGGGCAACGGCGGCGGCGACAGCAGCAGGAGACGGCGGCGGCGGCGGCUUGGGAACGAGGCUGCCUGGCACGGACCUUCCCUCUCUGUCCCGGCCGGCUGCAAGUGGGAGCGGCCGGGCCCGCGCAGCUCCCCUCGGCGGCGGCAAAGUACUUCUGGGUUUCAGCUCGGAUGAGUCGGAUGUGGAGGCCAGCCCCAGGGGCCAGGCUGGCGCCGCUGCGAGCCGAAGGGAGCGGGCUUCAGCUUCGCGCCGAGACCCAAGGCCUGCGGCUGCCCUCAACAGCAGCGGCUUGCAGUCUGAGGCGUCGGCCAGGAGGAAGCCCAAUGCCUGGUGGGGGGCGGUGGCUAAACGGCCGGCGGUCACGUCGGGGACUUGGGAGCAAGCAGAAGGCGGCAGCGGAGGCAGGGACGGCGAGGAGGAGGAGGAGGAGGAGGACGCCGCCGAGCGAGAGCCGCAGCGCUGUAAGAACCGGACCGUGAAUGGGAACAGGUUCCUUUCCUACGGCGGCCCUGGUAAGAGGGAUAAGUAUUCGGACUCCGAGGAAGAGGAAGACGACGAGGAAGAGGCUGCGGAGACGAAACAGCAGGUGUGGAAAGAGGAAUCGCUGGCCCGCCACUACCUGGCCAGGAAAAACCUGAACAAAUCUGCUUCCCCUUUUGGCGCCAGUAAAGGGCCUGCAGCCAGCGAUGGCGUGAUAGAGACCUGCCCGGAGCCAGGUGCAGUUGGUGGCCUUUCACUGAGCGACAGGACAGUGGUUGAUGCUUCUGCUGUUGUGGCUAGGAGGAGAAAUCAAGAGGUCGAGACGGGAGAGGACAGAGCAGCGGCAAGCAGAAGAGGUGAAUAUUUGGACUCGAGUCCACUCCUUCCCAGAUACCGCUGUGGAUCUUCUAAGAAAACCCAUCCACUUUUGUUGCCGCCAUUGCUUGUUGACUUGGACAGUAGCAAGAUGAUGGAUUCUUUGGGCACUAACAGGAAACCAGCCAACAAUCACGUCCUCACGAGUGCAGUUGGGGGCUAUGGUGCUGAACCCAGGAUAUAUACUGCUGCCAACAGCCUUUCUCCAGGUGCUACGGCUUCCUCAUCCAUUAGAGUGAAUCACUCCAACCACACAGGUUCUAAUCAUAUGUACCUGAAAAACACAUGCAAACAGAAGCUCUUGGAGCCUGAGGAGGAUUUGUUUCAGCAGUUCAAGAGAGAAGAAAUAUCCACUACAGGAGGCUUCAGUGCUCAUUACCUGUCUAUGUUCCUUCUAACUGCUGCAUGCUUGUUCUUUCUGAUACUGGGACUCACUUACCUAAGAAUGAGAGGUUCGGGAGUAACUGACGAUGUGGGAGUUGACAGUAAAAGUCUGUUCACAGAAGAAUUACAAGAAAAUCUCAUGAACAGCUUAUACAAACUUCAUGAUAGGUUGGCACAAAUAGCAGGUGAUCAUGAGUGUGGCAACUCUGGCAAGAAAGGUCUUUCUAUCCAGGAGGCAGCUGAAUAUUUAAAAAGUUUAGGUCCAGAAUAUGAAAAUGAGUUUAAUAAAUCCCUGCAAUGGAUUCUAAAAAGUGGAGAAGAUGUUGGCAUAAAGUGUGUUGGCUACAGCUCUGAUGAGGAAUCCAUAACUAAUACAACUGAUGUAAAAUACCUGGUAUCAACCAGGCCACAAAUGUCAUUUACAUGUCGUUUUCGUCGUGCAUUUGUUACCGUAACAUGUAGAUCAUUAAUUCUGCUUUUAGGUAUAGGAAUUAUUUGGGCAGUCUUGAGGUAUAUGAAAUAUCGGUGGUCUAAGGAGGAAGAGGAAACUAGACAAAUGUAUGAUAUGGUUGUAAAAAUUAUCGAUGUCCUAAGAAGCCACAAUGAAGCAUGCCAGGAAAACAAAGAUUUGCAGCCAUAUAUGCCUGUUCCACAUGUACGAGAUUCUUUGAUUCCACCUCAAGACAGGAAAAAAAUGAAGAGAGUGUGGAAUAGAGCUGUUGAUUUCCUUGCUGCAAAUGAAUCUAGAGUUCGCGCAGAAACACGGAGAAUAGGUGGUGCUGAUUUCCUGGUUUGGAGAUGGGUACAGCCCUCUACACCUUGUGACAAAAUGUUGGUUAUACCAUCUAAAGUAUGGCAGGGGCAAGCGUUUCAUCUGGAUAGAAGAAAUUCACCCCCAAAUAGUUUGACUCCAUGCCUAAAGAUUCGCAAUAUGUUUGAUCCAGUUAUGGAAAUAGGGGAUCAUUGGCAUUUGGCAAUUCAAGAGGCAAUCUUGGAAAAAUGCAGUGAUAAUGAGGGAAUUGUUCAUAUAGCAGUGGACAAAAAUUCACGUGAGGGUUGUGUAUAUGUCAAAUGUUUGUCUCCAGAAUAUGCCGGAAAGGCUUUUAAGGCGUUACAUGGAUCUUGGUUUGAUGGGAAACUGGUAACAGUAAAAUAUCUACGGCUAGAUCGAUACCAUCAUCGUUUUCCCCAGGCUGUUACUUGCAAUGUUCCCUUGAAGCCGUCAAACACACAUAUGAACUCGAUGUCGCAUCUUCGUCUCCGGAUAGGCACAACUAACUCUCAGGGAAAUUCCUGAGACAUUGCUACUAUAAAAACUGCUAACUUGCCGCAGGAACACUUCCUGCCUGGCUCUGUCUUCCACUUUUAGUACUUUUUGUAUGUAACAUUUUCAUUAAUCCAUGUUCCUGAAUCUCAUUUUUCAGAAUGUCUGAGUAAUGAGGCAGUAUACUGAACUAAAAGAACAAUUGCUCUUUGAAGUGUAUUAGAGCUAAAGCAAACCAACUCAUUGUUUUGCAUGACAAGUGUUGAAUUUAUUAAACAUUCUCAGAUGUGGCUGUAUUUUUGCACCAAGAAGUGUUUGAUAACAAUCUAAAAGCAUGGAGAUGUAAGGUAUUUCCAUAAUUUCCUGUGAAAUAAUCUUGUGGGUAUUUUGUAACAACACCUCCUACGGUUUCUCAUGGCAAGUGAAUAGAGGUGUUCUUUUCUCUCUGGUUUGGUUGCUGUUGCCAUGAAAGCUUUUAUCUUUGUCAGCCUAGGGAUGGAAACAAAAUUCUGUUUUGGUGGUUACUGAGGAAAAAUCAACUUAAUAAAGAUGUAUUGGUUUUGUAUAUAAAUGUAAAUGCUGGUGGUGGCAGCAAAAGUAAUCUUGUUUUGUGAGGAUGUCUCCAUUAAAGCAGUGAAUAAGCUUCCUGUUUUAUUCAUAACCUAAUGUUUUAUAUAUUUUGGCUGUACCAUUACAUAAAGGUCAAACAGCCAAAACACCUUGAAGUAUUAGAUACAAGUUAAAUAUCUUUUAUAGGUUUUAUAUUAAAUAUCUGGUUAUGAUUUUAUGUGAAUGGUCUGAUAUUGUAAUUGUGAUGAUGGAUUCAGAAUUAUGUGAGCAAUAAAGAAGCGAUUGGCAGGUAUUCAAACACUUUGUGAAAAGCUGUUAUUUAUUAUAAAAGGAAGGCAGUGGCAAUGUUCCACUGGGGGAAUAGACUUUCCUAUAUGGUUUUGCUACCUAGACAUGUAAAACUAAAAAAGAUGCACAUAUUUUGGAAACAAACUUUUGGUUGUAAGAACUUAGAAAUGCAGUACAUUUACAUGAGGACUUGUGUGUGUUUCUGUAGUAAACUUGUGCAUUGUUUACACCUAAAACUACAAAAUCUAGUUUAAAAUAUAAAAUUAAUGGCUACAAAAAUUUCUGUUGAUGCAGCAUAAUUUGUCAAUCCAGUUGGAUAUUGUAUUGGUAAAGAGAUGGGAAGCCAACCAGUUUAAUAUACAUUUAUUAAAGCCCAGAUUUAUUGUAGAUAUGGAUCUGCAGCAUGAACUUGCACAAAUUAUGCACGUUUUCUUAUGGCUAAGUGAACACGAUGCACACUAUUCUGCAACAGAAAAUCCUAUUGUGCCUUACCUUUGUGCUUUUUAUGGGCAACAUGUUUAAUAAUGGAGGGUUUCUUAUCUGGAAAAAAACCCUUAGUUUGUUUUAUGUCUUGGACGCUAACAAGUAUGUGUAAUAUAAUCAGCCUUGCAAAAUUCUACUCAACAAGAGCAAGUACAUAUUUUUAAGAAGCGAGUAGAUUUUUGUUAAGUCUGGUAGAUUUUUCAUUACUAUAUACAUAUACAAAUGUAUGUAAUAUACAUGUAUAUGUAUUAUAUGUAUAUAAUCAGAGUUUGCUGUAUUUGUGCAUCAUAGUGAUUUAUUGACCUGAUCUUAGUAACCCAUCUUGUGAUCUGUUGAAAGCGUGAAUGUAAAAUUAGUUGUGGCAGUUUAAAAGGUUGCCUUUUGAUGCUGAUGCAUCUUCCUUGCUUCUAAACUAUUUGUAAACACUGUACAUUUAUUAUAGCAAUCUGUACUAUUAUGCAGCUUAUUUUACCUAAAAAUGUUGACCAGUAUUCCUUUCUGUAAGACAGAUGGGAAUGUGUAUAAUACCUUGGACACUUGAGAAAAUCAGAUGUUUGUAAUUUGUCAUUUGUCCUGUAAAAACACAAAAACAAGACUAAUUAAAGAUUUAUUAGGGCUUUUUA